AUGGCCGGUGCAGAGUACUCGACGGCGUCGUACAUCACCCAUGUCAUGCAAGGUCUUCCGAGCAGCUACAACCUGUUGAAGCGGCUGUCCAUGGCGCCAAGCACGAGGGCGACGCUCAACGAGGACAAUCUGACCUCGUACAUCCUGCAGGACGAGGCGAUGCAGGAGGCUGAGCGGUCACAAGAGCUCUUGGCGCAGGUGAACUACGUCGCCCCGGCGAAGCAAGGCGGUCGACCAGGGCAGCGUGGACAAUCAGGUGGCGGUGGUAGCGGUGGCUCGAAGUCGGCCAAGGAGGUCGACAAGAAGAAGUCGACCAAGGACAGUGGCCGGGGAGGAGGAAGUCGGCAUUGGGAAUGCUGGAUCUGCCGCAGCCCCAACCACCUCUCCUUUGAGUGCCCCGACCGCAGCGAAUCCGACGACGACGACGCCAAGGGAGGCCGCGGGAGGUCGGCCAGCCGUCGUCCACGUCGAGGCAACCAGCCGCGCAAGGAGAAGCAGUCGACCAAGUCGACCUCGGCGAAGGACGCCGACUCCUCUGCUGGCGGCAAGAGGAGCGACGACAAGGCGGCGUCGUGCUCUCUGGUCGGCGUCGUGGAGCCGACCGUCUCGCUGGCGCCAGAGGCUGGCGAGGACUUCCAAGCGGUGGCGGCAGCUGUGCAGGCGAACCCGGCGGUGGUCCUGCUCGACAGCGGCUGCUCUCACCACCUGAUGGGGACGAAGGACGCCUUCGUCGACUUAGGGCCCUGCGGCGACGUGAAGCACGUGCGUGGCUUCAAUGGGGCGCUGCAAGACGUCCAGGGCCGGGGCACGGUCGCCUUGCAAGGCGAGGCCGGGAAGCAGGUUCUCAUCCCCGACGUGCUGUACGUCCCAGGUGUGCGGGCAAACCUGUUGUCGUCCGGCCAGCUGAAGGAGCAUGGCGUGAAGUUUCGGGAGGACGGCGACGGGGUGCUGCUCGUCUCGGCAGCAGGAGAGGUGCUUGGUCGGGCGACGUACUCCGGGCGAGUCCUCUGCACCGACCUGCGUCCCUGCUCAACGAGGUCGCCGUCGCCCACGCCGGAGGUUGUGGCCCUGCGGGCGAUCGUCUCCAAGACGAAGUCGACGCCGGACAGGAUGCACGCUCGGCUUGCGCAUGUCGGCAUGGACACCAUCCGGAGCUCGGCGAAGAACGAGGUCGCCAUUGGGCUGGACCUCAAGUCGGCGACGGGCGCCGACUCACCGUGUGUCUCGUGCGUUGGCGGGAAGCUGGCGCGGCACACCUUCCCCGACCAAGGCUCCGACGCCGCCGACGUGCUAGCCGUCGUCCACAUCGACCUGUGCGGGCCGUUCCGUGUGGCUGCCAAAGACGGCAGCCUGUACUUCUUGCUGCUGAAGGACCGCAAGACCCGCUUCGUGUGGGUGAGGCCGGUCGCCAAGAAAUCGGAUGUGCUGCUGGAGUUCCAGAAGUGGCUGGUGCUGGUGGAGAGGCAGACGAAGAAGUCGGUGCUGAUGCUGCGCUCUGACCGAGGCGGGGAGUUCCUCGGGAAGCAGUUUACCGACUUCGUGGACGGCAAGGGGAUCGUCCACGACCUGACCUGCCCGUACACCCCGCAGCAGAACGGCAUGGCAGAGCGGGAGAUGAGGACGGUGGUGGAGUCGGUGCGGACGAUGCUGCUGCACAUGGGCGUGCAGCACUACUGGUGGCACCUCGCUCUGCGGCAAGCCGUCUGGGUCCGCAACUGCCUGGAGCGGUCGGCUACGCCGGGGACAACGCCGUACCAGCUGCUGACCGGGGAGAAGCCCGACCUUUCGCUGGCGCGCGUGUGGGGCUGCAUGGCGCAGUUCCUCGUCCCCGAGCAGCAGCGUGGUGGGAAGCUGAAGCCGAAGGCCAAGUGGGGCCUUCACCUCGGCGUGUCGGAGGCAAGCAAGGGCUGGGAGCUCCUCGACAUCGCCGACAACCGGGUGGUCACCACGUCGGACGUGGUGCUCUGCGAGGACCUGUCGCUGGAGGAGUGGAAGUCGGAGCAUGGGCCCGUGUCAGGGCGGACACAGAUGGCCACGCCGACGGAUACCUCGACGGCAAUGCUCCCUCUGCUCGCCGAGGUCGGUGGGCUUGCUGAGGACGACGCCGAGGUCGUCCACCCUUCCUCCCCCUCCCCUGCCCCUCCCCUCGUCGCCCUGCGUGGGCUGACUCCGUUGUCGGCCUCCGGCGAUGAGGGGAGCAGUGGGACGUCGCCUGUGGCGCCGACCAAGGGCAUCGCCGGUGGCCGACGGGACGAGCAGCAGGUCGACCUGGGAGUGCAGUCGACCUGGAUAAGGGGGGAGCAGGUCGAGGAGGUGCAGCCGACUUGGGUGAAGCCCACAGGGGAGCAGGCAGCAGCAAGGCCGACCAAGGAGCAGUCGGCGACCUGGCAGUCGGCAGGGGAGCUGACCUCAGGGGAGAAGUCGGUCGGGACGCCGACUGAAGUGCAGCAGGACGACAAGGACGGUGGUGAAGAUGAAGGGGAGCAGUCGGGCGACGAGGAGCUGGUCGACCAGGAGGUGGUCGACCAGUCCACCGACCGUGACGUGGUGGUGGUCCCGCCUGAACCCCGGAAGUCAGGUCGACUUCGGAGGCCUCCCGACUUCUUCAUCCCGGCUGCCUUCACCACGGUGCACGACGUGGAGGACGAUGACGACACCCUGUACGACGACGCUGAUGAGGACGAAGAGUUUCCGGAGCUCGACCCCGACAUGCUGGCCGACCCCGAGCACCGCUGGGACAUCUCGACCAUGACGGUGAAGGAGGCGUUGGCGAGCUGGAAGGGCCCGGCGGUGAAGGCCGCCAUGGAGGAGGAGAUCCGCAGCCUCAUCAACAACGGCACGUGGGAGCUGGUCGAACGCCCGCCGGGAGUGAACGUCAUGAAGAACCGGUGGGUGCUGACGACGAAGUACCACAUCGACGACACCGUCGAGCGCGAGAAGGCGAGGCUGGUCGUGAAGGGCUUCACGCAGGUGUAUGGCGCCGACUACGACGAGACGUACGCGCCAGUGAGCAGCUACAUCACGCUGAGGAUCUUCCUCAGCAUCGUCGCCGUCCUCGACCUGAACCUGAUGCAGCUCGACAUGAAGAAUGCCUUCCUGCAGAGCAAGCUCGACUGGGUGCUGUACAUGUACCAGCCGGACUACUUCAACGACGGAUCCGGCCGGGUGUGUAAGCUGCUAAAGAGCCUCUACGGGCUGAAGCAGUCGCCGCUGCUGUGGUACUUGGCGCUCAACGACGUGCUGGUCGGCGCUGGCUGGAAGAAGAGCCAGGUCGACGACGAUAAGGUGACCUGCUAG